CACACGCACACGCACACGCACACACACACACACAUGCACACACACACGCACACACACAUGCACACACACACACACACACGCACACACACAGGCAGAUGUUGUGUGAUGAGAGAGCAGUGAUGGAAAUAGCUUUUAAGUGCUCCCCAUUCCAAGGGUCUGCAUGGUUGCCAUGGAGAUGAGAAGCUGACAGUAACCAUGUGACCCACGUGACCCCCCCCCAUCCUAUUCCUCUACCACACACACGGUGGAGGCCCCUCCUACUUGAUCAUGUGAUACGAUAGCAGACCGGCCGAGCAGCUGAAGACAAACGAGACGAAGGAAGACGAAGGAAGACGAAGGAAGACGAAGGAAGACGAAGGAAGACGAAGGAAGACGAAGGACAAAAAGGGAGGUGGCUUCCUCUUCCUCUUCCUGACGUCAUCACGUCAGAAGUUUUUCAACAGUUUUUUUCUGUAGGGUCACCAUGGGGUGGAGCCUAUCACAGCUGAAAUAGUGCAAGAGGCGGAGUCAACAUAAAUGAUCGGUGGAUCGGGAAGAACUAUCUUUGCUCUCCGCCAUGUUCUGGAGGCACGCCACCUGGUCUUGGCCCCGUGGUGAUGAUGCUGGCUACAUGCUGGCCGCAGAACCCUGGAGAACCCCGGACUCUGGUACAGAUGCCGUCCAGGACCGUGCGGCUGGAACCACGGAUCCGUCCGGACCCGAGGAGACCAACGACACCGGAGACCUCUCCACGCCACACGCCAGUCAUGUGACCGCAGACGCCAAAACACAAGUGAUGGUCAGCGUUAGCCGAGGAAAAGACGGCUUUGGCUUCACUAUUUGCUGCAACAGUCCAGUGAGGGUGCAGUCUGUGGACACGGGAGGUCCCGCUCAUGGGUCUGGUCUCCGUGGGGGAGAUGCUGUUCUGCAGCUCAACGGACUUCCUGUGGAGACCUGGAAGUGUGGCGACCUGGCUCACGCUAUCAGGAGCUGCCCCUCUCAGAUUGUCCUGGUGGUGUGGAGAGGGUCACCUGACAGCAGGACGGGCUGCGAGUCUUUGCUCCGCCCACUAGCACCCACCAAGACCCUGGCUGUCUCUGAGACCACCAAGCUGCUGCAUCAACUGGGGUCAACGGGGGGGUCCACUUUGGGGGUACUGGGUUCUCUGUGGAGGGACUGUAAAGACCAUGAAGGACAUUGCACCUCCACGCUGAAGGGCACCCGUGUGACAUCAUCAAGUGGGGACAAUUACAUCAUCCUGUCUCCCACUGGUCCAGAAGAAGAGAGAAGAAGCCAAGAACCUACCACAAAGACCGGUCCAUCUGGACAACCAAGACUAAGACUGCCACUGCCUCCCGGGGCCCCGAGUGUCAGUCUAGCACAAAGUGAUGACUGCAUCUCCAAGAAGAACAUCUGUGCUCCCUUUCAGCUCCUCCAUCCCGUCCUUGAUGACGGAACCAGGACGAUGGGUAAGACCUGUGCUGGGAUGUCAGUCGUCCUUGAUGACGGAACCAGGACGAUGGGUAAGACCUGUGCUGGGAUGUCAGUCGUCCUUGAUGACGGAACCAGGACGAUGGGUAAGACCUGUGCUGGGAUGUCAGUCGUCCUUGAUGACGGAACCAGGACGAUGGGACAUCCAUACCAGACUCACCCCAGGACAGGUCUGAACCGCUUCACCUUGGCCGCUCCCCCCUCCUCUACCCUGCGUAACUAUGGCAACUACCAAAACUGCACCAUCAUCCAAUCACGUGUGCCCUCCUGCAGCGGCGCCCUGGCACCCCUGGCACCCAUCUUCCCCGUGUCUGUCCAGGAUGCUGAACUUACUAACCACCUUAGGAAGGAAAACAAGAGUCUAGCUGCAGACGUGUGGAGUGGUUUUGCAUUCCUGCGCAGACGGAAGCAUUGGGUCCAGUGUGACAGCUUGGAGAGAGCCCUGAGGAACACCAGGCCAUCUGCAGGGGAGGUGUUGAAGUGGGCGGAGAGUCUUGAGGCCCUCUUGGCCAAUCAGUAUGGCCUUGCGGUAUUCCGUCACUUCCUGAAGUCCGAGUUGAGCGAGGAAAACCUGGACUUUUGGUCUGCAGUGGAGAGAUUCAAGGGGACACGCUCCCUCAGCAAGAUGGCUGCCAGGGCCACCAAGAUCUAUGAGGAGUUUGUUUCAAGCGGCGCACCCCGACAGGUCAACAUGGAUUCAAAGGUCAGAGACUCAACCAAUCACAGCCUGCGUCUUGGCGUUCACCCCGCCUCCUUCCAGCUGGCCCAGGAUCAGAUCUUUCACCUGAUGGAGGCUGACAGCUACCCACGAUUCCUCAAGUCCCACCUCUAUGCUCAACUGGCCAAUCAGGACACAAGGGUGGGCCAUCGGAGCCAAGCACCUUCUGCUCAGCCUUCCUAUCAGAACCGUAGCGCGGAACCUGAUGGCCAAGACUUCUGAUCGUAU